CUCACUUCCUUCGAUUCGACGUGCGUGCUGAGUGAACAUGCUUCCGCGACUUUAUACAAGUCUGAAAAAUUACUUUUCCAAUCCGCAAUAACUCAAAGAGAUAAAGCUCAUAUAUCGGACCAACGUAAUAAGCUUGGAAAGAAACGUACAUAUCAGUAAAUUUAAAAAUGUGGAAAAGACAUUCAAUGACGUUGUAUAUCGGUGUAGUGACUUCGUGUGUUUUUAACUACUUACUGUAUAACGGAUACACGAGCGCGGCUGCAGCGCUUUCAGUAGUUUCGUUUGGUGCCGCCGCGUCUUAUUACUAUUUCAAUCGUCGUCGGAAAAUUAAAGCGCAAGAUCUUAUUGUUAUAACCGGUUGCGAUUCAGGUUUAGGCUACAGUCUGGCGAUGCACUGUCGAGCUCGAGGCGCGACAGUUUUAGCUGGAAUACACAGGGAUAUUCCUCCGAGCGAAGCUAAAAAAUCUCUGGAGCACAAUGGCAUCAUCACUCACGGUCUCGAUAUAACGGAUGACAAAUCUGUCUAUGAGUUUGUGAAAAAAGUGCAAGAGAUAUUGAGAACAAAAAAUUUAGAAAUGCACGCAUUAGUUAACAACGCUGGAGUGAUGAUUAUUGGAGAAUUUGAGUGGCAAACGCAGAAGCAUGCCGAACAUCAAAUAAACGUGAACCUGCUGGGAACAAUGAGAUUGACGCGAGAGAUGAUGCCGAUUUUACGAAAACACAAUAGCAGAAUUAUUGUAGUAUCCAGUCACUGCGCCAGUGAAUCCUUGCCGGGAAUAAGCAUAUACGGAGCAACGAAAGCCGGUCUCGAAGCAUGGGCAACUUCUCUUCGAACAGAGAUUGCCAAGUACGGCGUCAAAGUGAUUUCCUUUGUACCCGGUGGCUUUAUAACGGAAAGUGGCAUUAUGAGACGACAAAAGCAGUACUUUGAUGAAAUGCGACGUGAAAUGACAUCGGAAACAUUGGAAUAUUAUGACGAAUAUUUCGAGACAUAUAACGCAUAUUUUUCACAAGUUUCGCAGCUCCGAAAGUCCUCAUCCGUGACACUGCUGUCGGAUCCGGAAAUCUACGAAACUUUCGACGGCGCUCUCCUUGAUAUCCGUCCGUCCACGGUUUACAGAUCCGAGUCUUGGAGAUACUUUUUCUAUCGAAUAUUAUUUAAAAUGACACCCGUAUCGAUACGUGAUCGACUGGUACUAAGUUUUGUUCGAGUACCAUUGUGGAAGCCCAAAAAACAAUAAAUUACAUGUGCAAUUACAGAUAGUGCAACAACUUAUAUUUUACAUAUUAUAUUUUGUAUACAUAUUAAAAAAUA